AUGUCCCAGUAUGCGUCUCGCUCAGACUCCAAGGGAGCAUUGGACAGCAGCAGCCCCGAAGCCAACACGGAAGAUGACAAGACCGAGGAGGACUUGCCUGAGCCCAAGAACUAUCUGUGGCUCACCAUUGUUGCGUGUUUUUGCCCAGCGUACCCAGUCAACAUCGUGGCUUUGGUCUUCUCCAUCAUGUCUCAGAACAGCUACAAUGAUGGAGACUACGAAGGAGCCAGGAGGCUUGGGAGGAAUGCCAAGUGGGUGGCCAUUGCCUCCAUCAUCAUUGGCCUGGUCAUCAUCGGUGUUUUCUGUGUGGUGCAAUUCUACAGGAACGAGGUGGGCGGCACCGUCAAUGGCAUCCUCCAGUGCCCUGUCGGGAGCGGGACGAGGAGGGCGCGCGAGCGCCUCCUGCCGUCCGUCAGGAAGCUCGUUCAGGGAGCGGCCCGGAACGACCCACUGCGACUGCGCGCUGAGCGGCCGGAGGAGGCUCGCUCCCAGGACGGAAACGGAAGUGUCGCGUGCUAG